GCAUAGGUUUUUUUCUGACCAGGUAACCAUCAACAAAAAACAUUCGGAAAAUGUGUUCCCAAUUUUUUGCUUAGAUUUUCGGUACGGAUAUUCCGGUUUUUUCCUUCCGAUCGAUCAUAUCGAACCUGUUUGCGGUUGUGGAACUUAAGAACCCCGUUCACCUAGCAUAAUGGCCUACACAAGCGCGAGUGUACCGCUGCCGGAACUACAAGCACGCUUCAAGGAAGUGGUAGUGAACAUUUUCAAUCGUUGGACCGCCCUUCGGUUAGCCGUGGAACAUGGAAUGGGAGGUUCCUUGGGAUUGAAUACAGCAAUCGAAAUCAUCGACUACGUCACCUGUUACUGUACCGAAAGCAAAAAUGUGGACACGAUCGAUCUGCGGGAGGUGCUGGAGGAAAUAAUGGACCAGGAGUUCCAGACUAUCUGCGAGGACGAGUCGAUCGACGGUAAGGCGGAAGUGUCCCGAGCAGAAUUGCCGCUAGUAAUAACUACUGCAAGCAGGGACGAUCACAGAACAAAAAUUUCGGAAAUCAGUCAUCUGCUGAUAAAAUAUCUCAACCUACUCAAAGAAAAUAAACCGGAACAGGUACAGCUAGACCUGAGCCGGAUGGGUCCGUGUGAGAUUUGGAUUAAGUCGGGCAAUCGGAUAAAGAUGCAAAAGAUCGACGACAGCAGCGGCACCGAUGAGGAUGAUGAUCCGAUCGGCGAUGACGACGAUGACGAUGAUGAUGAUGAUGACGAUGCGAUGGAAGUGGAAUCAGGUACAGCAUCGGGGCGGGGAUUCGCUGCCGUAGGAGGUCCGGUUGUAAAUCCCAGCACUGCUGGUUCGACUAGCAAGUUCGUGGAGGAAGAUGUGGACCCCGAAUGGACGCAGGUACGUGGACGGCGGCGGAGGUAAGGUAAGCGUUACCUUCUUUUUUCAUUAUUUUUAAAUGAGAUUUACACACUGCCGGAAGGCUGUAAAUACAUGGCUGUUGAAAUAUG